AUGGCGUUUAACGCAGACGACGCCACAGCUCAACCUCCAGAAUUAAUAACAUUCGAUGAACAAGUAGUGGCUUGUGAAGUGGAAAUCGAUACCUUUGAAGAUGUAGAAUAUGUAGAUGAAGAUCAACAAGGAACAAUACUUGUGGAUCAUUAUGUAGAGAGACAUGAACCGCCCGAAACUGGGGACUAUGAUUAUCAAUAUGAAGCAGAUGACACCGACCCGAAUGAAGUUUAUCUGUUCGAUGAGGACACUGCUCAAAUUCACCAAAUAAACACUUCUCAUAAUGAGGCAGAAGAUGAAGACAUUGACGUACAGUACGUGGAGGAUACUGAUCCGAGCUCAUCAUCUAUUCCAUCUACCUCUUCUGCUCCAGAUCCAUCCUCUUUUCAAUCCACAUCUUCCGCCACGUCAUUCACGAUGCAUCAAAGAGGAAUACCGAAUUCUGGAAAUACUUUCAUUAUUCAAAAAACAAAUGAGAGAAACAGAUCGAUGCCGGUUUAUAGUCCAGUUUCAUUUCAAACAACGUACUCGGAAUCAGUUUGUCGUAAUGGAAAACGUGUAAUAAAACGAACUCAUGCAGCUUUGACAUCAGAAGAUAUGGAGUCAAUAAUGGAAGAAUCACAAGUCAUGAAACGGAUACAAAAAGAGAUAUCACAAUUGAAAAAAGCGAAUGAUGAGAUGAAAAAGACAUUUGAGUUGUCGCAUCGACGUCUAGAAUCGAUCAAUUUGGUAUAUUCGGAAGCGAAGUUGAAACAAAAAGAAGCAACGGCCGAAAAACGAAAAUUACAACAACAAUUAACAUUAGCAAGAGCGACUAACACUCAACUCGCAAAACAAGGAAUCGUGCAAACCCGAUAUCAUUUUCAGCAUCAAUAA